AUGUGCUUUCAUUGUCCCAAGACUGAAAGAGACAUUCUGGGAGAUGCAUGUUUAUCCUCGCCUAUUUCGACCCUGCGUAAUUUGACCUCCGCGUCCGCCCUCGCGACUUCCGUUUUGGUCAACAUAUCAGGUCAGGAAGUGCCAAUCGCAAGUCCAUUCCACCCCUUCAGCAACACCCACACCAAUGCAGCGUAUCAAUCGAUCGUGACCACGAUGCCAACAUAUGGCCCUCUGCGCACCACCGUCUCUCUCUACAUGUGGGAGGCUGAUGCGCGUCAGGAUAUCUCAGGCUUAGGAGAUGCUUCCAGCGGCUGCGAGGUCGAACGUAUCAGAGAGGACGCGUUUAACGACACAACUCUUGACUUUCUCGGCCCCGGAAGUGUCCCAUUUUACCUUGUGAACGCUGGCCAGGAUCUGUUCUCUCCCACCGCCGCAGUCAAUACUGGCGAUGCAGUUACUCCUGCCACGAAAUCUGGACGCGUCAAUUUACCUGCAACCAUAGGAACGGCAGAGUCUGCAGGUCUUGCACUCAGAUCGCCUUUUGCCGGAGCCCCAACGAACGAUACGAUAGAACCAGACCAUGAAUCAAGUCUUUCGAGCAUAGAUUCAUCCAUGUUCGAACCAAGCCCUCAAGAAACUGGCAUCGGCAGCACUGCGAGCGGCAUUGCAGAACCAGGCACAAUUGAUACAGUUACGAAGCGCAAUAAUAAGCCCAGCAAACCUCGUCGUCUCUUUGUCCCCCCCAUUCUAACUAAGAAUGCCAUUCGCAAACCAAUUACAAGUCCCAAGGCCCUCAAGUUACAAAUUGACCUGUCCAAAGAAUCAUUCAUGCACUCCAUAGUCACAAAAACGCCAGAGGAUAUCUGCAUCAGCGUCUUCUACAAUGGGGAGUUUGUAUAUUCUAGAGUAUUUCGAUGGAAUACUUUCAACAGUGGACAAAAAACAGAAGGUGGCCACCCAUCCGUAUCUGGUCGGCGAGUCGGAAAUACGCUCGAGGUUCCGUGGAUACUCAACCCAAUGCCUCAUGGUGUAGCAAAUGACUAUGAGUCGCAAUCUAUGGCUACCGCAGAAGCUAGAUUCGCAAAGAUCAACCAGAAUCUUCUCAAUGAAGCCGACGAGUGGGGAAGAGAUGGGAAGUUCGAUAUGUUCAGGAACCCGUUGGGAGAGUACCUCGAGGCGCUCUCAGAGACGUCUAUUCCCAAGAAGGCUUGGCUGCUCGGUGAUAGUGGCGUGAACAUAGGUGUAAUAGAUGUCAUUGUUGGAUUAGGAAAGUCGAUCAUUCAUCCAUACAAGUUCCUUCUUGAACCACAGAGAAAAUUAACUGAGGGUCGGUGUGGUCUUGACAACAAGCUUUUCGUUGUUCCAAAAGAGUUAAGCCAGACAAGCCUGAGCAAGAUGAUUGCCUCAUUUCAAAGCGAGGAUAAUCAGGACCGGACUGCACGAACUCCCAAAAGAGCUCGUUCGGCUGGAACUCGUCCAAGAGUCACAAGUUCGCGAGCGGCAAUGACAGAACUACCUAUCAGUAGUCAAUUAUCUGUCACGAACGUGCCAGAAGCUGUCUGUGCUGGAGGUCACGAUGGACUUUUCGAGAGAAGCCAAUCUUUUCAAGCACUGGCAUUCAAUGUCCCACCGUCAGUCUCUCACCUCCGCAACUCGGAACAUGUCUCAGAAAUAGGGAAGACCUUGGACCUACCACAACCUCGUGUUGUCCAGCCACCGCCUACGAUGUCAAAACUACCCAAGCACGUUCCCCAGAAGAGAUACCGUGGUCCAACUCCGCCACCAGUAGAAGUCGCAGAAAUCAGUCCUGUUUGCCAUAUCGAACCUCCUAGCCACUCCACUCGUUCAAGGACCUCGGUUGGCUCCACGAGUAGUCCUCUUUCUGCUAGUACACUUGCCACAACAAUCCGCGGCAGCCAAGAACCAGUUGAUGAUGUUCGGAAACCACCCGCUCAACGACAACGAAUCAAGUCUCAGCGUGAGGCUGGGUCAACUGUACCUGGUCCAAGAAGAAGCUUACCUGGACUUGAUGGAACUGGAGAUUAUUAUUAUGAAACCAGGUCAGGGUCUUUGAGUUCGAUGCGUGGGCUAACUCCGCCAGUACGCCAACUCCCUUGCACUGAAGCGACUCAAUGUUAUAGAAAUGUAGACUUUGGCUUGGAUGGCACUGGAGACGAACCCAGAAGUACGAAGAGGAAGAGGGCAUCACUCGAGGCAUCGUCCGCAGAGGCUCCAAAAACAAAGGUUUCUAGCAGUAGAUCUAAGUCUCGAAAUGUCUCGAGUACUUCUUCGAAGUCACAAACGGCUCCCAAUGCAUCGGUAUCCACCAGGAGCGACCCGUUUCCUCAUGUCGUAAUCAGUUCGGGUUCCCAUGCACCAACAGAUGAACUAAAUAGCACAGAACAGCAAACUGGCAUUAUGACGAGGAAGCCUAGACAGAGAAAUCCUUUGUCUGCUAGAGAGCUGGAUAGCCUAUUGGAACCCCACAAGCCCACGGCCAAUGCUCAUACAUCGUUUGGCAAUUCAUUUGUGGAAAAGGGCAAUUCUAGAACAACUCGCAAUUCCACAACAAGACAGCAGAUCAAGCCGCAAUCAACGUCUUCAAGCAAUCCACGUCUCACUGCCAGGAUUGAAAAUGAGAGAAUGUUUAUCAUCAAAGGCCUUCGGUUUGAUGAAAUGCCCAGAGAAAGAGAGAGAGUGCAUUCCGCGGACAAGGUGGCCGUUGUUUCUCCAGAGUUGCCAAAGACAUCGACGGUACGACAUAUUAGAGACCACAUUCAAUCUGCUGCUGCAGAUAGAUUCCCAACUCCCAAUUCGAUUGGUCGAAUUCUGAGGAGUUCGAAGCCUCUGGACACAGCUUCACCAAGUAUCGACGCUAGCUCCACGAUACAUAAUGAUGUUCUCAAAACACAGAGGUCGGCCCAUAAUAGUCCCGCCCAAGCUGUCGAAGCCGAACAAGGAAUUCGGAAGAUGGGCUCUGUGACCGAUUUCAAGAGACUUACUGAGGUUGUUAACUCCGUCCCAACGCGAGAGUAUAUGAACAAUGAUGUCAUGGAAGCUGUACUAUCCAGUACUUCUAAGUCAUUUCCCAACGUUUCAACUCCUCCAGCAGCCAAGAAAGAGAAUGUCCGCCCCUCGUCUACAACUUCUUCCGCUACCACUUCUACGUAUUGUAAAGAGAAUCGCCUUCACACACCUAAUAAAGCAAUAGAAGUGGCGAACAUCAACACAACCUUUGAGACAGAAGCUAUUAAAGACCUUUCUAUUAAUCGUCAGAAUGGGCAUGACGGAAUGGCUGGGCCAGGGAGUUCUAAUAACACUGAAAACGCGAUAACAAUAUCUGCUCCAAGCCCUGGCCAGCUUCUUCCCGACAAAUUCAUCAGACAAUCUGGACACUCUGAGAACAACAUUCGAGACACCAUUGCUGGUCCUGAAGCGAGAUCAUCCAAUAAUGCUCGAUCUGUCACAAGCAAUCAGAAACCCAGCGCGAAGAAGCCUCCAGUCAUGAAACUCAAAACGAAAGCAUCCAGUGACACUCCUACCGAGCCGCAAACACCAAACAAUAGGCAAAGUAGGGCCAAGCCAGGUCUCACAAUCCAACCCGGUCUUGCAAAUGCAUACAGAUCGUACAGCGAAACGUCGACAGGCCUGAAAACCCCUACUCCAAGAAGCGGCACAUUCCCUACGACUCAAGCCCCGGAUCCUCCCCGCACAAGAGCCGCGACCAGGGCCAUGCAAGAAGUUACCGAUAUCUCGGCCAUAGCUAUGGCUCCAAUGAUCAAUUUCACACCCCAAAAGAGUAACGAGGAGAGCCAGACCCCCAGCGGUCGACUUUUGGCCGAAGUGUUGAGUUCGCCCGCUGUCCCGUCACCUGCUCCGUCGAUCAAAGAAACUAGGAUCCUUCCUUCUGAGCGACUUCAGCAUGAGUCUCCCAGCAGCAAUCGAGUGUUGCGCUCUGAUAUAUAUACAACAACACCAAAUGCCAAUCGGCCUAUCAAGACAACACAUGACCUGACAAGCCCUGAAGUUUCGAGCACAAAUUCUACUGCUCGACAACUUAUACCAUCUCCACUUGAGGAUUCAUCUCCAGGAGAGAAAAUCACUUCCGAACUAAAAGUCUCGCGACAGCGUCAACGCAGAGAUGAGACCAAUCGACCGUGGAGACCAACAAAGCUCUGCCAAGACUCGGUUCUGUCAUAUGUUGACGAGAGCAAUAGUGCAGGAGUAGCCGGACUGAAAUAUGACCGAUCUUCGGAAAACAUGUGUAGAACCACGAAAGCAGAGCGCGAGGGUGUAUUCAGAACUUCGGGUAUUCUGAUGGGCGUAAGAUAUGUCAUGGGUCUGGGAUCUGAGUCUACAAUUAAGUAUUGA